UAAAGAGAAUUAACUUCCUGUUGCUAUUUUUUAUUUUUCAGACAGAAGGAGAAGAAGAGGAAACAUUUUGGUUUGUGUUUGUCAGGAUGACAUCGGCCAGAGUUUCUCUUCUCUUGCUGUUCCUUCUCAUCUCUGUCUCGGUCUCAACCCAAAGCUCCACCCCGAAGUCAGACGAGUUUCUGGGACCAGUUGAAUGUCUUCAAAAUAAGUUUACCCGUGAGUCAUGUGACCUGGUGUUUUGCCCUCCGUGGCAGCGCUGCGUUAACGGGCUCUGCUCCUGUAAACCGGCCUACCUGUGUCCCACAGAGGGCGUGGCCCCGAUUUGCAGUCACAGCAACACGCAGCUUCGCUCCUAUUGCCAGGCGAUGGCCAUGUCCUGUCGGACCAGGGAACCCUUCAUGUCCCACUUUGCAGAAACCUGCACAGCCAAUCAACCCAAGUUCAGAGGUUCAGUAGAGGCGGGCUCAGGAGUGCUGAGGCUCUCCCUUCCCGGCGCCGGAGGAGGUCGGGAGCAGGUGCUGGUGUGUGCGGAGCUGUGGGACAUGGCCGCCGCCAACGUGGCCUGCAGGGCGGACGGACACCCACUUGGAGCCGCGUCCACCGGCACCGCGCCGUACCUCUCCCUGAAGGUCGACCAUCGCAACCGACAGUUACCGGGCAAAUGUGUGAGCGUCCGUUGCCAAGGUUACGAGAACUCCCUGGCGGAAUGUGUGAUCUACGACAAGGUCAAAAUCGACAACAGGGACGUCGCUACGGCAACAUGCGUGCAGACACCAGGCGAGGAGUGCGACUUCAGCUGUGUGAGCGGGAAGUGCGUGUCUCUCAGCCAGACGUGUGACGGCGUCGACGACUGUGGCGACCGGAGUGACGAGAUGUGCUGCAAGAGCUGCAGGAACGGAGCUUUCCGCUGCAGCACAGGUGUGUGUUUGCAUCCAGAAGCGGUCGGUGACGGCCAGGUCGACUGUCUGGAUGGCGAGGACGAAUCAAAGACACACACAAAGCCAGGGACAUCCCUUCCUCUUCUCACGAACACAGAGUACACCUCACCUAAAACUGAAACCAAGGUCACCAGAGCACAUCUGGAGUCCCAGCUGAACUGUGGCGUUCCUAAUGCUGAUGAUGAUGCUGUAGAGGAGCUAGGAGGACGCAGCCGCUUCAAGAGAGUGCUGGGAGGAGUGCCAGCAGGACGGACUCAGAUCCAGUGGCAGGUUGCCAUAGAGAUGAACAGAAAAAUUCACUGUGGAGGAGCUUAUAUCGGAGGCUGCUGGGUCAUCACUGCUGCUCACUGCAUCGGACUCAAGCCUUCUCUCUCAAUAACAAACACAGGAGCUUCUGAUCAAGACGAACCCAACCCGAGGCCUAAUCCUGAUGCAUUCCGGGUGAAGUUUUCUCUCUGGCAGAGGACCAGAUCACAGAGCUCAACGGACAUCGUUCCUGUUCAGAGCGUCCACAUCCACCCUAAUUACAACCCUGUCACCCGUGAGAAUGACAUCGCUCUGGUGGAGCUGGAAAAACUUCCGCUGAGGGAGGAGUGUUUGAUAAACAACUCUGCGAUCAGCCCUAUCUGUGUUCCCUGGACCACCAGGCUCUUCCAACCCAACCACACCUGCACCAUCUCUGGUUGGGGACAAACUGCAGGUGGUGUAAAGUCUCAGGUCUUACAGUGGGCUAAAGUUUCCCUCAUUGAAGACUGUCAGAAAUUCUACAACGACAGCUUCAAACCCGGCAUGAUCUGCGCAGGUGAUCUGGACGGCAGCGUGGACGCCUGUGAGGGGGAUAAUGGAGGUCCUCUGGUGUGUGAGGAUGCAGUAGGUGUUUCUUACCUGUGGGGCAUCAUCAGCUGGGGGCGGGGAUGUGGCCGGCCGAGAUCUCCUGGAGUUUACACACAGGUUGCUCAUUACUUUGAGUGGAUCAGAUUGAUUACAGGCUGGCCUGCUGUGACCAAGUACAACUCCUGAAAACACUCACACAACCAGCGACAUGAGGAUAACGUUCAUAUUUCUCUGUGGCUACAGCCUUGUACUGACACACUAUAAUUAUAACUUUCAUCAUUUCUAAUAAGUUAUUAAUUUGUUGCUGUAGAAAGUAAAUAAAAGCUACUCCAAGUACUA